AUGGUCUACUCCACGAACAUACUGCUGGGCAUUGUGACCAUAUUAACCGCCGUGUUCAUCUGGUCGCGUCGCACCUACGUCUAUUGGCAGCGACGUCGCGUCAAGUUUGUGCAGCCAACGCAUCUGCUGGGCAACCUGAAGAAGGUGCUCAAGCUGGAGGAGUCGUUCCCCCUGCAACUGCGCCGCUUCUAUUUUGACGAGCGCUUCCGCAACGAGCCCGUCGUGGGCAUCUACCUCUUCCAUCAGCCGGCACUGCUCAUACGGGACCUGCAGCUGGUGCGCACCGUUCUAGUCGAGGACUUUGUCAGCUUCUCCAAUCGGUUCGCCAAAUGUGACAUGCGCCACGACAAGAUGGGCUCCCUCAAUCUGUUCUUUGCCAGGCAGCCCGAAUGGCGUGAAAUUCGCACUAGACUCUCGCCGGUCUUCACCGGCGCCAAGAUCAGGCAAAUGUUCUCACUCAUGGAGGAGAUUGGCUGCGAUCUGGAGUGGUAUUUGAAGCGAUUGACGCGUGAUUUGCGACGCGGCGAUGCGUCGCGCGGUGUCAUCGUUAGCAUCAAGGAUGUGUGCGAUCUGUACAAUACGGAUAUGAUAGCGAGCAUCGCAUUUGGAUUGAGAUCGUAUAGCCUGAGGAAUACGCAGUCUGAAAUCGGCUCACAUUGUCAGGACAUAUUCAAGCCGAAUGUGCGUCGAAUAAUAGACUUCUUUGUGAUAUUCUUUCUGCCGAAGCUGGUGCCGCUGAUGCGGUCGAAGCUGUUCACGGAGACGCACUCGGAGUUCCUGCGCCGCGUCAUCCAAUUGGUGAUCGAGGAGCGCGAACGAGGCGGCGAUCUGCGCAAUGAUCUCAUCGAAAUGCUGCUAACCCUCAAGAAGGAGGCCGAUCUACAGCAGGACAAGACGCACUUUACGCACCAUCAGGACUUUCUGGCCGCCCAGGCGGCCACCUUCGAGGUGGCCGGCAUCGAGACAUGUUCCUCAACCAUGUCCUUCGCCCUAUACGAGCUGGCCAAGCAGCCGCUAAUGCAGGAGCGGCUGCGGCGCGAGAUACGGCACACGUUCGCCCUGGCCGCGGCCCAUGGGGGCGGGCCGGGACUGAGCUAUGAGCUGAUUGGCGGCAUGCGGUAUCUGGAGAUGGUGGUGGAGGAGACGCUGCGCAAGUAUCCAAUUGUGCCGCUGCUGGAGCGCGAAUGCUCGCCGAUCAACAAGAAGCGCUUCUACUCACUACGCCCGCACGCCGAGUGCUAUGCCCGGCGCGGCAUGCCCGUGUUCAUCUCCAAUCUGGCCAUACACCACGAUCCGCAGUACUGGCCGGAGCCGGAACGCUUCGAUCCGGAGCGCUUCAGUGCCGAGAAUAAACCGAAGCAAACGCCCAUGUCGUAUCUGCCCUUCGGCGCCGGGCCACACAACUGCAUUGGCAUGCACAUUGGCAUGCUGCAGAUUAAGCUCGGCCUCAUCUACUUUCUGCGCCAGCAUCGCGUCGAGUUCUGUGACCGCACCGUGGACCGCAUCAGUUUCGAUGCCAAGUUCGCGCUGCUCGCCAGCGAGCAUCGCAUCUACCUCAGAGUUGUUGACUGUUUAUAGCGCACAGGCGCGCAUCAUCCCAUGACAGGAGCGAUAGAGACCAGGGCAUCAUCCACAGCAUGCUGCAUCCAGCAUACCCAGUACACACCCCCAACGACAUCUGACAUCCGACAUCCGACAUCCGACAUCCGACAUCCACAUUCAAUAUCCAUCAACAUCACAACAUCGGAUGCAGCUUCCUUCUGGCCAUUCGCUCUCAGUUCGGGCCGCCUUGUAAAGCCCUAAAUAUUUGGUAUGCCUCAAAUAAACUUUGCUGCGCUCUAUUAUCAUUAU